GAAGCGUCCGGGGCGGUGCCGGGUCCGUCUGUCCCGUCCUGUCGUGUCCCGAUGUCGUUCCUGUUCAGGAGAGGCCGCCCUGGCCCCUUCAAACACAUAGCUCAUGGCCUGGUCCCUGCUGCCACCAUAGCUCCUAAACCUGCAGUUCCCCGCACCCCUCCCCCUCGUAGUCCAAACCCUUCUCCAGAAAGGCCCAGGUCUGCCCUGGCAGCAGCAAUCCUUGCCACAGCACUCACCGGGCGCACUGUGGCUAUUCCUCAGCCUCGGCAGAGAUCCCUCUCCGAAAGUGAUUCCACCUCUGUGGAGCAGGAAGGCUUUGAACCCUAUGCAACAGUGACCCAGCUCAGAACAGGGUCCACCUGGAAACUUGAUGGUUGUGACAGAUCUCCUGUACAGUCCCUGGAAACAUCAGGCCACUAUGGUGAAGAUGAGGACAUGGAUACCUUUGUCUCAGAUGCUGAUAAAGAGGCAGAGUCCAGCUGUCAGAGUAAUGAGAAGAGAGAAGAAAGCACAGAUGCUGUUUAUGCUGUUCCCUGCAAAAAUAAAAAGGAAGAGUUUCUACCAUCUCCCACCUCUAACACUGAUGAGAAAGAGGUUCCUUCCCACGAAACUGAGUCUCAGAUGGUGGUGGAUAAAUCAAGUUUGGAAAUAGAAGCAGAAGACCAACAUCUUGGCCUGAACUUAAAGGAGGAAAAACCAUUAGCUGACAAUCUGAUACGUGAAAAACCUCCACCAUCCCCAGAUGUGUCUGUUCGGGCAAGGCAAGCACGGGAAAAUGUGACUAAAGACAAGUUCAGAGAGCUGAAACAAGAAAACUGGGCCCUGAGCAAGGCAAACCAGGCUGUGCUGCAGCAGCUGCAGGGAACAAAGCAGCAAAUGGAAGAACAGCAGUUACAGCUGAAGAAACUAGAACAAGAAAACAGAAGACUUAAAGAACAAGAAAACAGAAGACUUAAAGAAGCUGCAGAGAACUCACCCAGAGAAGAGGAGGCAACAGAACUACUUUCUCUCAGGCAACAAGCACAAGAGCUGGUAGAUGAAAAUGAUGCUUUGAAAAUGGUGGUCCAUCGUUUAAAUGUAGAAUUAAGCCGCUAUCAAACUAAAUUCAGGUCACUGUCCCAAGAAGAGCAGGUAAAGCUGAAAAGCUUACCCAUGAAAGGCCCACCACCACCAUGGCUGUUGGAUAUGAAGUAUUUGUCACCUCUUCUCUUGGCUUAUGAAGACAGAAUAAGAGAAAAGGAAGAUUUUAUUCUUGAACAUGAGGAGGAUAUGAAGAAUUUUAAAGCACGAGUUGAAGAGUUGGUGAAGGAGAACGAAGACCUGCAUGAGCGAUUAAAUAAAAACAACUUUAUUACCUCUACAGAAUGGCAGCAGCUGCAAACUCAGGCCAAGCUGGUCUUGGAAGAAAAUGGAUUGUUGAUGGAACAGCUCAAAAUCCAGCAAGCUAAAGCAAAAGACACUCACAGACAGCACAUUCAAGAAGCCUCAAAGUUGACCAAACAGAUCGUAAUCUUAGAAGGGAAGAAACAGAGCCAGGAAGAAGAGAUAGCAGAGUACCAGAAGCAAUUGGAAGCUUUAUGUUCUACCUGUGAAGAGCUGAAAGCCCAAGUGGAGAGCAGAAUAGCAGCAGAGGAGCACGUGGCUUUGGUGAAUGAUUUAAACAGGCGGUUACAGGAGGAGCAGCAGAAGAGGCGCAGUGAGGUGGAAGGGCUGAAGGGAAGGGUGGCAUCACUGCAAGCUGACAACAAGAAACUGCUCCUGGAGAAGAAGAGCUGCGUGGCUGACUACAAGGACCUGCAAACUGAGAUGGAAAUGACACAGAAGACAAACAGGCGACUAAAGAAGAAAAUAAGUGUUUUACAAGUGCGGCUGGAGGAAGUGACAGAAAAAGAAGUUGUAGGCCAUUAUUACCUAACAAACCUUAUUGGUCUGGUGGAGAAGAUAGCUCAGGAACGUGAUCACCUUGUCUCUUUGGCCAGAUGUUUGGAAAAUGAGAAGCAAGGUGUUCUCAACAAAAUGAUAGAAGGCAGUCUACGCUUAGGAAAACUAGAAGAGAAAGUUAAGGUGUAUAAAAAGAAAGCAGCUGGGAAGCUUGGGGAUAUCAGUCUGAGGAUGAGUGAGCAGGAGAAGGAAUUUGCUGGGAAGGCUGCUCAGUAUGAGCAGGAGAUGAAGCACCUGCAGCGUCUGCUGCAAGACAAGCAGGACACCCUGGCUGAAGUGCUGGAGCAGCAGAGGAAAACGGAAGGGGAUCUUGAAAUCAUUUGGGAAUCCACAACCAAAGAGAACAGGAGAAUGAGAGAACUCUUACAUAAUUCCCUGAGGAAGAACACCGUGUGGAAUGCUGUCACAGCUCGGGAGCCACACUUUGAUGAAAGCUCUCAGAAGGACCUCGUUUACAGACAUGAUUUUAGCUAUUGUGAUGUGAAAACUUCAUCCCCUACUAAAAAUGAAUUUCAAGAUGAAUCUCAGUGAGAAGAAUCAGCAUCUCAUCC